CGCCGAAGAAGCAAUCCAAAGCUUCCCCCUUUCUUUCUGGAGGGAACAGCAAGCCUUUCGUUCCGAGCUGAGAGAGGUGCAUUCAUGGGGUCGUCGCUGGAGGGGGAGCGGCAGAGCCUGGUAGUGCGCACGACGGAGCCGGAGGAUGUUGACGACUACACAGGUGAUGGAUCUGUGGGAUUCAGUGGCAAUCCUAUUUUGAAGCAUGAAACGGGCAAUUGGAGGGCAUGCUCACUAAUUCUUGGAACUGAAGUGUGUGAACGCUUGGCCUACUAUGGCAUCUCAAAAAGUUUGGUAACUUACCUAUCAACAAGAAUGCAUGAAGGAAAUGUCUCUGCAGCAAGGAACUUUACAACCUGGCAAGGAACUUGUUAUCUCACGCCACUUAUUGGAGCAACCUUGGCAGAUUCAUACUGGGGAAAGUACCAGACUAUAGCUGUUUUCUCAACAAUUUACUUUCUGGGAAUGGCAGCAUUGACACUUUCAGCAUUGAUUCCUUCUCUUCAGCCACCUCAAUGUAUUGGUUCCUUUUGUCCACAACCAACCAUGCCUCAGUAUCUGAUAUACUUCGUUGGAUUAUACAUGAUUGCAUUAGGGUCUGGAGGUAUUAAGCCGUGUGUUUCAUCCUUUGGUGCUGAUCAAUUUGAUGACACCGAUCCAGCUGAGAGAACAAAGAAGGGUGCUUUCUUCAAUUGGUUUUAUUUCGCCAUAAACAUUGGUUCUCUGAUAUCAGGCACUGUUCUUAUUUGGGUACAACAAAACUGUGGAUACGGAAUUGGAUUUGGAAUCCCAACUGUCUUCAUUGCCUUUGCUGUCGGAAGUUUUUUCAUAGGUUCACAGAUUUAUAGAUAUCAGAUACCUGCAGGAAGCCCCCUUAUAAGAGUAUGUCAGGUGGUUAUUGCAGCCAUGCGCAAGCGAAAUGUUGACUUGCCGGUUGAUAGUUCUCUUCUCUAUGAGCUUCAUGGUAAGACUUCAGCUAUUGAGGGGAGUCGUAAGCUGGAACAUAGUAGUGAAUUCAGUUUCUUUGACAAAGCUGCCAUCAUUUCAUGGAAUGAACGUGGUGGUUCUCAUGAUCCUUGGAGACUCUGUACUAUCACACAAGUUGAAGAGCUCAAAAUAUUACUGAGGAUGUUUCCAAUCUGGGCAACUGGCAUUGUUUUCUUCACUGUGUGUGCUCAAAAUUCAUCGAUGUUUAUAGAACAAGGGAUGGCCCUCGACAACCAAAUUGGAUCUUUUAAAAUUCCACCAGCCACCCUGUCAUCCUUGGAUGUUAUCAGCAUCGUUGUUUGGGUCCCAAUCUAUGAGAGUUUCGUUGUGCCAAUAGCAAGUAGAUUGACGGGUAAAGAGAGGGGCUUCUCAGAACUUCAACGAAUGGGAAUUGGUCUGUUUGUGUCUACUACUGCAGUGGCAGCGGCAGCAUUGGUUGAGCUUAAGCGUCUGGAGAUUGCAAGGUCAGAGGAUCUGAUCCAUCAUAAGGUACCUGUUCCCAUGAGCAUUCUUUGGCAAGCACCUCAAUACUUGUUGAUUGGUAUCGGUGAAGUGUUCACAUCCAUUGGUCAAGCCGAGUUCUUCUACAAUCAGUCUCCAGAUUCCAUGAGAAGUUUGGGCUCCGCUUUUGCUCUGGUUACUGUGUCGCUUGGGAGUUAUCUUAGUUCAUUCAUACUGACCCUGGUUUCAUAUUUUACGAGUCGAGGUGAUAAUCCGGGGUGGGUUCCUGAUAACUUAAAUGAAGGCCAUCUUGACCGCUUUUUCUGGCUCAUAGCUGGCCUCAGCUUUUUUAACCUUCUUCUUUUCAUCCACUAUGCCCGGCAAUACAAGUGCAAAACAGCAACAAUUUAAUUUCAGCAUUCAGAGAGCAAUAUUACUUGGACAAAGGAAUUUACUGUGCAGCAAAUUGUAUGUGUAUAUUCUAUCUAAAGAUACUGUAUAGUCUCUUGCAUAAUGUAUGCUGUUCUCCUCAAUGGUUACUGGUACAUGAUAUUACUUGGAGAAUGG